AUGAACUCUGAGAUAACAAAUGUCCAAGUCCAAAUCAGUCCAAAAACUAUUCCCAAAGAGUCCAAUAUCCAUUGAUAUUGUAGAAAAACUAGUUUUACAUGAUUUGUGGUUAUUGUUAGAAUUUUGUUUAAUUCAAUUGUGAGUAGUAAGAAUUUUAUGAAAAUCCUUUUAUAGAAAUAAAGCAAUGAGCGGAAUACUGUAUAUGACGGAAGCCAGUCCGCCCGCCAGAACUGUUCUAAUGCUUUUAGAUAUACUUGGUGUAAAAUUGGAAUUACGAGAAAUAAACCCUGUACUAAGGGAACAGGAUUCGCCUGAAAUGAAAAAGAAAAACCCAAUGAAAACCGUGCCUAUAUUGGACGAGGGUGACUUUAGUUUGGCCGAUAGCCAUGCAAUAGUUCUCUACCUAUUGGAGAAAUAUGGACGACCUGAACACAAGCAGCUGUACCCACCAGACGCGAGGAUACGGGCAACCAUCCACAAUCGAAUGUUCUUUGAUUGCGGAAUCUUAUUCCCUAGACUUAGAGCAAUUAUGGCUCCAACAUAUGGUGGCAGAUUGACGGAAUUGUCGAAAUAUAUGAUCAUAAACAUAGUGGACGCAUAUGAAAUGUUAGAAAUGUACCUGAACGAAAACAAAUAUAUAGCGGCGGAGCACAUGACCAUUGCUGAUAUAAGUGUGUUAACGACCGUCUCCUCAUUAAACGGGUUACAUCCAAUAGACGAAAAAAGGUUUCCCAAAUUAAAACAAUGGCUAACGACGAUGAACGAGAAGGAUUUUGCUAAGAAAAUCAACGUGCCUGGCUACAAGCUUCACGUGGAUGGUCUCAUUAUGUUAAUGGAAUUCAACAGAGAAAAUAAAAAAUCUAAACUUUAAAUA